AUGGAGAGCAGCUCCUCGCUGGUGCUGCUUCUCCUGCUGACGUGCUCCGUCGACAGCAGCUCUCCACUUGCAGUGUUCCUGAGAAAAGACGAAGCCCAUGAGGUGCUGAAGGUCCACAAACGUGCCAACUAUUUUCUGGAAGAGAUCCUUGCAGGGAACUUGGAGCGAGAAUGCAACGAGGAGAAGUGCUCAUUCGAGGAGGCCAAGGAGAUCUUCCACUCACAGGAGAAAACGAUGGAGUUCUGGUUCAAUUACAAAGGUUUAAAUCCAUGCAGUACGAAUCCCUGUAAGAACGGUGGACUCUGCACAAUAAGACACUACAACUACUUUUGCAUCUGCCCCCCAAGAUUUGGAGGAGACAACUGUGAAAAAGAGAGGCAGGAGUGCUGGUACAGGAACGGCGGGUGCUGGCAGUACUGCCGGGACAGCAGCAGCGCCUUCCAGGUGCUGUGCUCCUGCGCACAGGAUUACAGCCUGCAGCAGGACGGGAGGAGAUGUGCGCCAGCAGCACCGUUUCCCUGUGGCCUGGUUAAAGCCAGGCAGACUCUGGAGGAAGAGCAGCGGGGGCAGAGCAGGCUCCCGAGGGCACUGAGCGAGCGUGGGGAUGGCGUGGCCGAGCGGAACGGGAGCACAGAGGGCACGGGUGGAUGGACGGAGGUGGCACAAAGUGCUCCUGGGGAAAACGAGACUUCAAAGGCUGCCUGGGGGCACAGUGUGCUCAUGGAGGGUGACACGGGACAAACCCAGGUGGCAGAAGAUGCUUCCAGCUGGGACAGGACGCUGGUGGAACCCGUCACCCGGCAGCCACUGGGCGUCCCUGCGCAGGACGGGGCCGGGGAGGGGACCGCCAGGCCUCGCAGCCCUGGGACAGGCUUGGCGCAGUGGAGUGAGCCCACGCGGGGCCCAGCAUGGCAGGAUGAGACCACAGCACCCACUGCCAUGCGGGAAAACGCUGCUGGGCAAAACCAGACGGGGCAGGAUGCGGGGCAGGACGGAACGGCCGCGCACAGCGGGCUUGGGCAGAGCAGGGGAGAGGCUUUGGACACUGCUCAGCUCACCCAGCCAAACGUCAGCGCUGCCUUGGAGCACCAUGACUCCAGGAUAACGGGAGGAACGCUGUGUCACCGCGGACACUGCCCCUGGCAGGUGAGGUUCUCCAUUGAAACACUGAGCGUCUCGUGCUGGUUACGGGGAGGGAGUGCAGAGGCCCCUGACCACGCAUCGCCCUCAUCUUCCAUGCAGGUGCUGAUCCGGAACAGCAAAGGAGUCGGUUUCUGUGGAGGGAGUUUAAUCAGCAGCCGCUGGGUGGUCACUGCUGCUCACUGCCUCGACGUUGUCAGACCUCACCACGUCACUGUAGGAGACUUCGACAAAUACCAGAGAGAAUUCAAAGAGCAGAAGAUCGACGUGGAGCGGAGCUGGACGCACCCCCACUACGAUUCCAACGCCUACAACGGCGACAUCGCCUUGCUGUACUUGAGCAGCGCCGCCGUUUUUAACGAGUAUGUCAUUCCCAUCUGCCUGCCCAGCCCCAACCUGGCCUCCCUGCUGGCUGAAGAAGGAAGAAUCGGGACGGUGAGCGGGUGGGGAGCCACGCACGAAAGGGGGUCGAGCCUGCGCUUCCUGAUGAAGGUGCGGCUGCCCAUCGUGAGCAUGGAGAGCUGCCAGCGCUCCACGGACCGGCUGCUGACCGACAACAUGUUCUGCGCGGGGUACGGCACCGAGGCGGCGGACGCCUGCAAAGGGGACAGCGGGGGCCCCUUCACCAUGUCCUACCACAACACCUGGUUCCUCCUGGGGAUCGUCAGCUGGGGAGAGGGGUGUGCCCAAAACGGGAAAUAUGGGGUGUACACCAGGGUGGCCAACUACAUCCCCUGGAUCACGGAGACCGUGGAGAGUGUAGCCGAUUCAGAGAGCUUUUCCAUUAACUUUUCUUAA